UGGCGGCGACCAUAGUCACAAUUUUAUCAUCUUGUUUACAUCAUAUGUGAGAUGAACUCAGUGUUAUUUAUACUCACAGUUCUAAAUUUAUCAUCCCGGGUGUUUGUACCUGAAUACAGCAUUGACACAACUGGACAGCGUUCAUUUGCUGGUUUGAAAGUGACGCUGAUUUCAACCAAACGAACAAUUGAGUCGUCAGUUUCGAGAUCGAAAACGGUGCCAAUCAUAAUAUUCCGGUAUUAUUUUUCAAUGGUAGUGGCGUAAACGAAAAACCUUUUAACUUGGAUUUCAGAUUCCAAAUCCUAUUGGUUUGUUUAUUGAUAUCUACAACAAUAACACUACAACGAUAAAGCAUCGGCUUAAUACUGCAUGUUGAUUAGACAUUUUUAGACAUAAAUUAGAGUUAGAGUGUGUAGACAAGUGUUUGGUACGGUACAGUCAUAGAAAAUAUAAUUCCCUGUGUUACUGAAUGAAGGCCUUGAAUUACACCCAGUUCAACAGAUUGGACAAUUAAUUGGUUAUACUGGUAGUAUAAAAUUGACUGUCGUAUUCAAUUGUUCUUAUAUUGUAAAUAAUGGCGUCACAGUUCACCACUGAAAAUGUUGAACAAGCUGUGUUGCAGUUUUAUUACAAUACGAAUAUUCAGCAAGAGGUACAUAAAUGGUUGACUGCUGCUCAAGUUAGUCCUGAGGCAUGGUCCUUUUGUAUCGAGUUGCUUUCUGAGCAGAAAAGCGGUGAGGUGCAGUUUUUUGGAGCCAGCACACUCCAUGCUAAGAUAUCUAGAUAUUGGCAUGAAGUUCCAGUUGAACAAUAUGAUUCUCUUAGAGCUAAACUUUUGGAAAAGAUUCUGCAGUUUUCAUCUGGUCCCAAAAUGGUGUUUACAAGAUUAUGCGUUGCACUAUCAUCCUUUCUUUUGCGCUCGGCACCUGAACAUUGGCCUGAUCCAAUUCAAAAUUUAAUAACAACAUUUCAGCAAGAAAAUAUUCAGAAUAAUAACAUGGUUCAAAGAUGUAAAAUACUUCUAGAGAUAUUGAAAUUAAUACCAGAAGAAUUUUUUAGUACCAAUCUUACACACAAAAGAAGGGUUACUUUGCGAAUUGAAUUACAGAAAGGAUUAGGUUUAAUUCUCCCCAUAAUACGUGGACUAUUGUCUCCGUCCACUCCUAGUGAUAUUUAUAACCAAUCCCUCCGAACAUUUUCCAGCUGGGUUGAAUUUGGUAUUCCAAUGAAUGAUGGAGAAGAAAUAAUUCAUCAUGUGUUUCAAGCUCUGCAUAAUCCUGAUUUAUUUGAGACAGCUGUAGACACUUUAGUAAGUGUAUUUUCCCAUCCAGACUCCCAUCGAUUCCCUUACACCAUCCAAAAGCUAUUACCACAACUUCACCUUCUCCAAGAAAUGUUUCAAAAAGCAAUUGAUGAUCUGGACAUUGAGAAAAGUCAUGGAUUGUGUCGCAUAAUUGUAACCAUAGCUGAAAAUCACACGAAACUAAUCACAGAAUCAGCGCUUAGUGAUGAUGAAGCUCAUAGAAAUAAUGCAAUGCAUCUAGUGAAGAUGGUUUUGGGAUGUUCUUCACUUCCAGGUCAUUUUCCGGUAGAUGAAGGAUGUAGUGAUCAAACAUUCACCUUCUGGUACAUUUUGCAGGAUGAACUGGUAGCUAAUGACGCGCCCAGAUCUAACCAGCUUAUGAUGAUCUUUCAACCAGUGUAUUUUUCACUAAUGGAAGUGUUGCUGGUAAAAGUACAGUACCCAGAAGAUAGUGAAUAUGAGUCAUGGACAGCUGAUGAGCAGGAACAAUUCCGAUGUUACCGUCAAGAUGUUGGUGAUACCAUGAUGUAUGCCUUCAAUAUUUUACGAGAACCAUUGUUAGGAUAUUUGUGUGGUGUUCUGAAUAGAAUUGUUGAAAGUUCUGGAGCUCAAAACAAUUGGCAAAUGAUUGAAGCCAUAUUCUUUCUUUUUGGAUCUGUUGCGGAAAGUGUAGCACUAGAAGAAGGACAACAUCUUCCAAGUUUGCUUAAAUUACUUCCAAGAAUUCCUUUUAUUAAUAACAAACUUAUCUCGACAGCCUUAUAUAUGAUUGGUUGUUUUGGUGAGUGGAUGAACUAUCACCCUGAGAGUCUGUGUUGUGUGAUUCCUUUACUUUUACAAGGACUUGGUAACAGUGAAGUAGCAACAGCAGCAACAAUGGCACUGAAAGAUGUUUCAAGGGAGAACUUGGAUCAUAUGCAACCUUUUGCUUAUCAAAUACUUAGUGCAAGUCAGAGUGUACUGGAGUCCAAUGCUUUAAAGGGAAGAGAUAAUUUGAGGUUGAUGUCAUGCGUGGGUCAGGUUUUAACAGUUCUACCAUUCAAUGAAAUCAUGCAGUAUUUAGAUCGUAUUUUAUCUUCUCAUAUCCAGCAGUUACAACAGCUAGCAACAGAGGAACCAUCAGCAGCUAUAAAACCCGCUUUACAGUUGAAAAUUGACCUAAUAAGUUGGUUGUUUGCCUCCUUAGAUACUGAAAGAGAACCAGCUGAAGAUGAAGGUGUAGAAUCCAGCCCAGUCAAACCCUCCAAUGAUGGUCCCAAACCAGUAUUUGUAGUACUUCAAAAAAUAACUCCGAUUUUACAUGCUGUUGUAACUAAAUGGGUGGCGGAAACUACUAUUAUAGAAUCGGUGUGUGCUCUCUUUAAGAGGGCUUUAAGGACAUUGAUGGAUGAUUUUCUACCACUAGCUCCAGAUGUGAUACAGAUGACUUGUCAGAUGUAUGAAAUAGUUCCUCAAAGUCCUGUACUAGACUUGGGCAGACAAAUGAUCCUUAUGUUUGCUGCUGACCAAAGUCAAGCACAUCUUAUCAAGGUGCUGCUGUCAACAAUUUGUGUUAAAACUGUAAAACUGUGCCAAACAGCACCACGAGAAAAUACUGAUAUAAUUGAAAGCUUUAUGACAUUACUAGCUCAGGUUUUAAAGAAGGUUAAACACAUGUUAUUAGAAGAAGGUUUUAAUUUAAAUGAACUGUUUCAAGCUGGAUUAAUGGCAAUGACACUCCCCGAACAUCACACUGUUAGGUCUGCUUGUUCAUUCUUAUGUGAAUUUCUUCAAGCUGGUCUUGAGACACAAGCAAUGAAACAAGUUAUUGUUGAUAAUGGCCUUCAUUUGGUGGACAGGGUUUUGCAAGCUAUUGGGGGCAACUCCCCUAGGGGUGUUAUUGAGCAUAUAGCGGACAUUAUACUUUACUUGAACAAACACCAUUUUGAAUAUCUGUCUCAGUGGCUACCAGCCAUGAUGGAACGUGAAGGCUAUCCAUCUGCUCAAGCGUCGAAACAAGAUAAAGAACAAUUUGUAAAAAAUAUACUGCGUGAGCGUGUGAAUAAACGUAAAAUCAGAGACAUAGUAAAAGAAUUUACCCUACUGUGUCGUGGAUUAUUUGGAACAGAAUAUGUAGCCCAAGCAGCAGCACAGCUUUAAUACUGAUUUGUAUACUUUAUAAACUUAUCCUGAAAUAAUUGCAAUUGCGAUAUAAUAUGUUAAGAGCCGAAAUAUGAAAUCGUAGUUGAGUAGAAAUCUUGGGCUAUUGAAAUAAAUAUUGUUAGGACAUUGUUUGAACUACCGGUAAAUGAAAAGUGCUAAAUAGAAUGAUAUUCGUUUUAUCAAUAAUUGUGUAUAUACUAUCGUUUUUGUUUCUCCGUAUCUUUUUAAUUUAUGUGAUAUUGCUAAAAAAAAAAAAGUGCUGAUAUAAUUUCCAAUGUUUUUAUGGGUUUUUUUUGUGAAAUCUAUAAUAAAUUUAUUCAUUUGUAAGUAUUUACAAAAACUAUUCCCCCUAUGUACAAUGUGAAUAUGCAAUAUAAAUUAUUUUAAAUGA